AUGGCGGCUGCGGCAGGUCAGCUCCGGGCGUUCUGCCGCUUCUCUCGUGUCUUACUCUUCUUUUCCCAGCUCUACAUCUUGUCGGGCGGUGAAAGUACUGAAACUCUACCUUAUGUGACGAAGUGUCCAAGCAAUGGUUUGUGUAGCCGACUUCCAGCCGACUGUGUUGAAUGCAAGACAAAUUCCUCCUGUGUCUAUGGGAAGCCUGUCACUUUUGACUGCACAGUCAAGCCUUCUAUUACCUGUGUUGAUGAAGACUUCAAACCCCAAAAGAACUUCAUCAUCAAUAUGACUUGUAGAUUUUGCUGGCAGCUGCCAGAAACAGAUUACAAGUGUUCCAACACCAUCAACUGCAUGACAGUGUCCUGUCCGCGGCAGCGCUAUGCUGCCAACUGCACUGUACGGGACCACAUUCACUGCUUGGGUAACCGUAUUUUCCCCAAAAUGCUGUACUGUAAUUGGACUGGAGGUUAUAAAUGGUCCACUGCUUUGGCUCUGAGCAUCACCCUUGGUGGCUUUGGAGCUGACCGUUUCUACCUGGGCCAGUGGCGUGAGGGCCUUGGCAAACUCUUCAGCUUUGGUGGCCUGGGAAUAUGGACACUGAUAGAUGUCUUGCUAAUUGGCGUUGGCUAUGUCGGACCAGCAGAUGGUUCUUUGUACAUUUAACUUGCUUUUGAUAUGCUUCAGAGAGGAAGAGCUUAGAAAAAG